AUAGAGAGACCAGAAGACCUGUGGAAAAAACAUUUUGACAGACGCAAAGAUAAUUGCGAAGAUGUGAGGGUUAAUAGCGGUUUAACUGACAGAUUAAACAGACUUAGAGGGGAUAAUCUCGAGUUCCUUAAAGCAGUUCACAGGAUUAUGAUUAUUUUGAAAAGUAUCAAAUCAAAAGAUUUGAAAAGUCGAUACCCACUUAACGUCAUUCCUUCUAAAUGGUUAGAAGAAUUAACAGAAAGGAUCCACAAUCUCGUGGGACCCGAAGAGUCCGAAAUUAACGUAGCUUUAGCACAUCUUGGUCAGCAUUCCCAGGCGAGUGUAAAAAACAUUCCCCAAACCAAGGCUCGUUUAUGUUUAAUAGUCAUGUCAUUACCAGCUUACGAUAUCUGUAAAAUAUCUACCCAAUUAGCCAUCACAUUUAUACUAGAGAAGAUAGUAAAUAAAACAAUUAACUAG